UAAUAACAUCCAAUAUGGCGCACUGCUUGAUGGAGACAAGAUGAUGGUGUACGUGGUGUAAAUCAGAUUCAACAUAGUACUGGUACAUGUAAGUCUAACUGGAGCAAUACUGCAGCAACUCAACAUGUCUUCCACUAUCAGUAAAGAGUUUGUUGAUAAGAAGCUGUCUACUCUCCCCAUAGUCCCCUCAGAGUGGGAUGUUGGAAGGGGGCAUUACUACCAGCUUGACCUACGCAUGUGCCAGAUACAGCGGAUCAAGUGGGGAUUUAAUUGGGGAGAUGAGAGCAAACCACUUCCAAGGAUAGCUACUAUCACUGAGCAACCCUCCAGAAUCCUCAAAGCAGAUUUUUCUUUGAAUGAGCUGCAAAAUCUUGAUUAUGAAGCAUUAUACCCACUGAAACACCUGCGAGUAUUGGAUGCAUCACUAAAUAGGAUUCAGAGAUUUGAAUCCAUAGAGGUGCUAUCUCAUCUACAGACACUGAAUCUUUCUCACAACUUUAUCAAGCGUUUGGAUGGCCUUGAAAGAAGCUACAACCUGACUGAGUUGAACCUGGGCAUGAAUGAGAUAGAGGAUAUUUCCAUGAUGCCCACCUUGACCAAUCUGACUGUAUUAUAUCUUAAUAAUAAUAAGCUCAAGUCUUUGGAUGGAGUACAAGGCUUGGCUAGGCUGAGAGAGCUGUAUGUACAGAGGAAUCAAAUUGUUGAUCUUGUUCCAUUGUUGAGCUCCAGAAACCUGAUAAUCCUGAAUGCUGCAGACAACCAUAUCUCUGCCCUGCAGACCACAGGGGAGGUGCUGAGACAUCUGCACAAGUUACAGUCUAUAACUUUACAUGGCAAUCCAAUUGAAAGGGAGAACCUGUAUCAGGCUGCUAUACUUGAUGCCUCACAAGUCAUGGUGCUGGACAAUAUCAGUGUCAGAAAUCCACCUAGGAUAGAGGUUGUCAAACAAGGUCUAGUGGACGUGACAAACGUCAACGUUCAUGAGAAGACCAUGUUCGGGGACUGGCGUGGCUCGGGAAAGAAACGCAGCACCCUGGCUAUCGAUGGUAACUGGAGAUAUAUAUACGUGUAUAUCCAAACUGGCCCUCUCAGUGAGAAGGUUGUCAAACAAGGUCUAGUGGACGUGACAAACGUCAACGUUCAUGAGAAGACCAUGUUCGUGGCCAGGCGUGGCUCGGGAAAGAAACGCAGCACCCUGGCUAUCGAUGGUAACUGGAGAUAUAUAUACGUGUAUAUCCAAACUGGCCCUCUCCGUGAGAAGGUUGUCAAACAAGGUCUAGUGGACGUGACAAACGUCAACGUUCAUGAGAAGACCGUGUUCGUGGCCUGGCGUGGCUCGGGAAAGAAACGCAGCACCCUGGCUAUCGAUGGUAACUGGAGAUAUAUAUAUAUACGUGUAUAUCCAAACUGGCCCUCUCCGUGA